AUGAACAAAUACAUCCUCGUCACUGGAGGCGCCGGGUACAUCGGCUCGCACACGGUGGUGGAGCUUCUUGCCAAUGGAUAUAAGGUGGUGAUUGUGGACAACUUAGUGAACUCGAGCUAUGAUGCGGUAGCCCGAAUUGAGUACAUUUGCCAGCAGAAAGUGCCCUUUUUCAAUGUGGAUAUCAUGGACUACGAGGCUCUCAGCCAGGUGUUCAGAGAGUACGACAUCGGCGGCGUGAUCCAUUUUGCAGCCUUGAAAGCAGUUGGAGAAUCUACAAAGAUCCCAUUGGAGUACUACACCAACAAUAUUACGGGAACUAUCAAUUUGGUGAGGGUGAUGAAGGAGCACGACGUGAAAACUAUUGUGUUCAGCUCCUCUGCUACCGUGUACGGUGACGCUACCCGCUUCGAGAACAUGAUUCCGAUCCCUGAGGAAUGUCCCACCGGGCCCACGAAUCCGUAUGGCCGCACCAAGCUUAUGAUUGAACAGAUCUUGUGCGAUGUUCAAAAGGCUGAUCGCUCGUGGCGCGCGGCCAUUUUGAGAUACUUCAAUCCAAUGGGUGCCCAUCCUUCUGGACUCUUGGGCGAGGAUCCACUUGGAAUUCCAAAUAACCUUCUUCCUUAUCUUGCCCAGGUGGCUGUAGGAAGAAGAGAAAAGUUGAAUGUGUUUGGUAACGAUUAUGACAGCCAUGACGGUACUCCCAUCAGAGACUAUGUUCAUGUGGUCGAUUUGGCCAAGGGCCAUAUUGCAGCCUUAGCAUACUUGAGCAAGCUUGAGUCAGGAAAUGGUCUCUAUCGGGAGUGGAAUUUGGGCACGGGCAUGGGCUCGACCGUUUUCGAUGUAUACAACGCCUUCUGCAAGAGCAUUGGCAGGGAAUUGCCUUUUGAGGUAGUCGGUAGAAGAGACGGAGAUGUCCUCAACUUGACUGCGCGUCCCACAAGAGCAAACAGUGAGUUAGAGUGGUCUGCAAAGCUAUCUGUAGAACAAGCUUGCACUGACUUGUGGAACUGGACCACUCUGAAUCCAUUCGGGUUCCAACUCAAAAAUUACGGUUGGAAAAUUUUCGAGGAAAAUGGAAAGUCCAGUUAUGCAAGUAGACUUCAUACUGUGAGCUUUCCCGAAAGUGAAUUCCUGGUUUCUGUUGCCAACUAUGGCGCCACCAUCCAGGAUAUAUCUAUGAAAGGAAAGAGCAUGGUUCUUGGUUUCGACUCUUUAGAAGAGUACCAACAGAGCUCCAAUCCUUUUUUUGGUGCCACUAUCGGUCGGUUUGCCAACAGAAUUGGCAGCAGCAGAUUCUCUCUUGAUGGUUCUGAAUACAAGUUGAGUGUAAAUGAAAACAACCGAACUUGUCUACAUGGCGGUAUUAAUGGUUUCGACAAACAGAUGUUUUUGGGUCCAGUCGUGACAUUCAGCGAGGCUGAUAAGGAGUUUCUGCUAGAGUUCAUUCUCAUGGACCAAGAUGGAAAUAAUGGUUUCCCCUCCGACUUGGUCUGCAAAGUCAAGUACAAAAUAAGCGCUGGUAAGGUCAAGAUAGAGUAUUCAGCAGAAAUCCCAUCUAGCUCAAAGUCUGAUUCUACUAUCGUCAACUUGACUAAUCACACAUACUUUCUGCUCGGUGAUGCAGAAAUAUCGAAAGUGCACGUGCAAACAGAAACGAACGAGAUCCUCAGUGUUGAUGGCGAGCUACUCCCAACUGGUCUGACAGAAAAAGUGUCGGAUUUGUUGUUGGAAGGAGUCAUUCUCGCUGAUCAAGCCUACGACAACUGCUUUGUCGUCGAGAAAAACGGAUGUCAAUUGGACACACGCAAACAACCAUUGAUGAAGCAUUUGGAAGCUCUUUCAUCAACCAAAGAUGUCAAAUUGGAAGUAGCUUCAACCGAGCCUUGCUUCCAAUUUUACACUGGAGAUGGGGUCAAUACUGAAGCUUUUGGACCUCGGUCCGGUUUUUGUGUAGAGCCUGGCAGAUUUAUUGACGCAAUUAACAGUGAGAAAUGGAAAUCGCAGGUCAUUUUGAGGAAAGGUGAAGUGUAUGGUUCCAUCAUAGAGUAUUCGUUCACUUAG